UUGUAAACCAAGUUUUCUCGACCGAUAAUGGGAGGACAUGGCAGAGAAUACCCGUGUCUUGACGAUCGAUCGUUCCCCAGCAUGACGAAGGUGCACGAGAAACGUUGGAAAACGGCAUCCUAUCGCACGAAUACGCGCAAACGUGAUUUUGGACUAUCGGCAUGCCGAGUAAUGUGGGACACGGCAGUGGUGCUCGAGUAGUGAUUGUGUUAUCGACGUGUCAUCAUCGCGGCUCGAAUCCACUUCGCAGGUUGGAAUGUACUACGUACCUAUGAGACACGUGACUGCAUCUCAACGAUGAAACCAUGAGGGCCAGGAAGUUCUUCAUCUUCGACAGAAAGCUCUUCUGAACGAAGUCGCGAUGUGAUCAUCGGUGCCUUGAGCUUUCUAAAAAGACUUUGCUAGAAAGCAAAUUGGUUCGCGGGUGUACGGGAUUCUCGUAACCCGGGAAUCCCUCGACGCGAAUCUUUCCAAGAUCCGAGGUGUCGUUCGAAUUUCGGAUCAACACCCGGCGUUCGGAAACGCGAUUUGAUUCCCGUAAGAAGCGAUCGAAGAUCAUCGUGGUCUAUGCGAGAUGAGGAAGGGAGCAUGAAACGUAAAGGUUUGUAACGAGGUCGACGAGGAGCCAUUAACCAAGCAGCUGCAACAGUUGAUCGUUCUUGAUCGUUCGCGCCAAGUAGAAAGUUGAAAUCUUUGCGAAGAAUCGGCGAGCUUGAGAAAACAGAGUCCCGAUUCUUGGCGAGAUUGUUUCAACGGGAAGUAGAGGAGUAGAGCCGAUAAAUCGUUGAACGAGAGGAACGACGGCGACUGCGUUGCCGAUCAUCGAGUCGGUAAUCGAGCCACUCGAGAUUCGUAAUAGUCUCCUUUGCACGUACAAACAGCCGCGACGACAACGAUCGAUUGUCGACCGAUUAAUUGGGAGAAGUGUGCGGAGGUGGAAGAAUCAGAGGGUGGGAUAAUUUAGGAAGGUUUGACGAUAGCCUCGUCAAUAGUACAGUGUCGAUGAGACAAGGAGAUGAGGAUGAGGUGGUGGUCGCUGCUGAUCGUAUUCCUCUGCGUCGCGGCGCGCCUGGCGUGCUGCCAGGAGAAGAGGUGGUCGAAGAUGACAGGGAAUUAUCGCGAGAGAACCGCUAAGGACAAAUACGACCUCGAUUACGCGGACAGAGAGAACGGCGAUCUACGCGAGCAAGGUUACCGCGAACAAGACUCGAUCGACAUUGCCGACGAUUCCGAGUUUUACAAUCAAAUCGUUUCUCACAGGAGCAACAGGGCGAUCGAUGCUUCCAGAUCAACGGAUGUCAAGACGAAAUUGAACCAGCAACCCGGCCAACUGUCGAAUCUCUCCAAACCGAUCGCGAAGUCAACGAGCGUAGCCCGUGAGAAGCAAAAAUUAAAGUUGAAAUCCAUGAUGAUCGGAGACGGUAUCUGUCACAGCUUAGAUAUUAGAAAUAGCGUGGCGUACUUCGCGAUCAUGAAGAACUGCCGCGUGAUAGAGGGUUUCCUGCAGAUCGUCCUGAUCGAGGACAGCACCGAGGCUGAUUUUCAGAACAUACAUUUUCCCGAACUAAGGGAGAUCACCGGCUACCUAUUGCUGUACCGCGUAAACGGCCUAAAGAGUCUCGUCCACUUGUUCCCGAAUCUCGAGGUGAUCAGAGGAAACGUCCUGCUCACCGAUUACGCGUUCAUGUUGUACGAGAUGCAGAAUCUGCAAGAGAUUGGACUGAAGAAGCUCACGGAAAUCUCCAGAGGCAGCGUUCGCAUCGAAAAGAAUCCAGCUCUGUGCUAUACCGAUACCAUCAAUUGGACAGUCAUCGUUUCGGCGGGCGAGAAUGUUAUCAAGGACAACGGGGAAGAAGUUUCUUGUCCUGGAUGUUCUCAUUGUCCAGAGGGUUUCUGCUGGACUGCCCAUCACUGUCAAAGGAUAGAAAUGCCAAAGUGUCACGAUCAGUGUCUCGGGGAGUGUCACGGACCUUCGGAGAACGAAUGCUUCGUUUGCAAACACUAUCGGCACGAAGGGAGAUGCGUCGACAAGUGUCCUAGUCAUCUAAACGCCUAUCUUUCGAGACGCUGCGUCACGAAGGACGAGUGCGUACAAAUUAAUCGUUUGAGAAGGUUACACCUCCUGGAGGAGGGACAAUUUUGGCGACCGUUCAAUGGAACCUGUAUGAUUCAGUGUCCCGAGGGAUACGAGGACGCACUCGACGCGGAAAAUAAAACCACGUGUCGACUUUGCGAAAAUCACUGCCGGAAGGUCGGCCACGGUGCUCUGAUACGGCACAUCUCGGACGCUCAAAGCUUCCGUGGCAUAACCGUGGUGAAAGGUGCUCUGGAGUUCCAGAUUCGAAACGGAAACCCAAACAUAAUGAACGAACUGACCGAAGCAUUCGGCCUAAUCGAAGAAAUCACCGACUAUUUGAAAGUCACUCACUCGUUUCCCAUCACGUCGUUAAGUUUUUUAAAAAAGCUCAGGAUCAUCAAGGGUGAAAACGUCGAUACGAACAAUGCGAGCUUGGCUAUUCUCGAUAAUCCAAAUCUGUCGAAUCUGUUCCCGCCGGAGCAGAAGAUCGAAAUCGAGAGAGGCAAAUUGUUCUUUCACUACAAUCCAAAGUUGUGCCUCUCCAAGAUCAUACAGUUGAGCAAAAUGGUGAACCUGAACUUCUCGGAUCUGGAAGUGCAACCGGAAUCGAACGGUGAGAAGGUAGCGUGCAACAUCGUCAACAUAAACAUCACUGUGAAAUAUCUUGGAGCGGAUUACGCGGACUUGGUCUGGGACAGUUACAAACCACCAGAGGGCCAGCAGCUGCUCAGCUAUCUGUUGAACUAUGUCGAAACGGAGAACGAAAAUAUCAGCUACGAGGCAAACGCCUGCGGCGGUAACAACACCUGGCAAAUAGUCGACGUCGAUAUUCCAAAGCGAAGCUCCACCGUUUCUAAACACAUCAUGAAUUUAAAGCCGUACACCAGGUACGGAGUCUACGUGAAGACCUUCAUGGCCAGGAGCACAGGCUCCUUCGUAAACCCCGUGGGUCAAUCAGAAAUUAUUUUCUUUCGAACGAAAAGCGCCAUACCAUCGCCUCCGAUAAACGUGAUAUCGAUUCCGCUAAGCGACACCGAGAUAUUAGUCAAGUGGCAACCUCCGAUAUACCCCAACGGCCCGAUAGGAUAUUACAUGGUCUCCAGAACCAUAAUACCCGAAGAGGAAGAUUUGAUAUCCUCGCGGGAUUACUGCAACGACACGUUGGAGAACGAGUUCGAGAUCGAACGGGUAGUGCCGCAAGUAACUAUUAAAACGCCGGUUUUGAACGCUGCCUCUUGUUGUGCGAAAAACGCGAGGGCCAACUUGUUCACGUCGAACAAAUUCGAGAUAUUCUGUCAUCAAAAUACAACCAUCAGCUAUAUAUCGCCUGGUUGGAAGGACCAUUGCGUCUACAAUAGCUACAAUUCCAUGGACAAGUUUUACGAGCUGGCAAACAAUCUGUCAUCCUCUUCUCAACCGGGGGACACAUCUGAAACCGACAACUCCAAGUCGCUUGCAAACUUCGGAGACGAAGUCAUCCUUGCUUACAACGUGAGCAACCGAAACAAUUCGUUCGUGAUCAAGAACUUGCGUCACUAUUCGCGAUAUAUCGUCAACGUGGCCGCGUGUGGUAUAAAGAUAGACGACACGCAAAUGUGUUCGUCGAUAGAGUACGCGAGCACCAGAACGAAGAAACGAGAGCACGCGGACGAUGUCUGCAACGUGAAAGUUCGCGUAACGAAUAACACCAUAGUCGAAGUAACGUGGGACUUGGUGAAGAAUCCUAACGCGCUCACGGUUUCGUACACUAUAGAGUACACAAACUUGGAGGUGAGGGAUGCGAAGAAAAGCACAGAGUGCAUACCGCACACGGGUCGCCGCGAAAAGUUCAACAACUAUUUCAUCAAGAACUUGAGUCCAGGCAAGUACAGUUUACGGAUGCGUUCGACGUCGUUAGCUGGAGACGGUGCCUUCUCGGAUCUGGUUUACUUCACCUUAGGCGGCUCGAAUACCGCUCCCAUCACUUUGAUCUCCGUGUUGACUCUCGGCGUUCUCUCCGUAAUCUUGGUUGUGAUGUUCCUAUUCUUGAGGAACGAGCACAAGAAGAAGAAGCAAGAAAGACUGAUAGCCAACGUAAAUCCGGAUUAUAUAGAGACCAAGUAUGUGAUCGACGAGUGGGAAGUGCCCAGAGAGAACGUCGAGAUUCUGGAGGAACUCGGUCUGGGUAACUUCGGUAUGGUGUAUCGCGGAUACUUUGACAAGACCACACCCGUGGCUAUAAAGACCAUCUCAAAGACGGCUAGUCAGCGAGAAAAGAACGAGUUUCUGAACGAGGCAUCGGUAAUGAAAAACUUUUCGACUUAUCACAUCAUCAAGCUUCUAGGGGUCGUGUCCGUAGAGAAUCCUCCGUUCGUAAUCAUGGAGUUGAUGGAGAACGGAGAUUUAAAGACGUAUCUGCGUCGCAUUCGUGACACUCAUCUUGUACCAGACUCGUGUAGGAUAAUGAGAAUGGCGGCGGAGAUCGCGGAUGGCAUGGCCUACUUGGAGUCGAAGAAGUAUGUUCAUCGAGACUUAGCCGCGAGGAACUGUAUGAUUUCGAAGAAUCUCGUCUGCAAGAUCGGUGACUUUGGCAUGGCAAGGGACAUUUACGAGACCGACUACUACAAAAUAGGUAGAAAAGGACUUUUGCCUAUAAGGUGGAUGGCACCCGAGAAUCUCUCGGACGGUGUGUUUACUUCCGACUCGGAUGUCUGGUCCUUCGGCGUGGUUCUCUACGAAAUUCUGACUCUCGCCGAGAUGCCUUAUCAAGGCUUGUCGAACGAGGAAGUACUCACUCACGUACUGCACAAAGGGACUCUGAAUAUACCGCGCAGUUAUCCUGGAAAUAUCCAAAAAAUCAUGGAGAAGUGUUUCAAAUGGCGGCCCAGUGAUCGUCCCACGUUCAUGGAGAUCGUGGCCGAGUUGGAGCCGUUUCUGAGCCAAGACUUUUGCGAGAAAUCGUUCUAUCACUCCGUGGAGGGUGUGGAAAGUCGCAACUCGGGUAUUAAGAAGCCGUAUCAUCCCGCCGCGCCUAUUAGAUUCCAUUGGGGGAACGAGACUGCCAGGUGGGUAAAGGAGUUCGAGGACAACGUGACGCUUCUCGAUCAAACGAAAGCUGGCACCAGUAGAGGUCGUAUCUUCAAAAAUGGUUUCCAACAUUUUGGUAAUGUAUCUAAUCUGGAGAACGUACCUCUCGAUCGAUGAGAUCGGUCACCGCGUACCUAAUUCCUGGCGUGUGUUCUACGAGACCUUCACAGUCACAAACUUGUAGAUACAAUGUACAAACGAUACUCAGGGCAAUAUCGCGAUUGAACCAACGAGUACCAGAUGGACGAUGGAACACACGAACGCGGCUUAUUUGACGUGUUCCAUCGUCGUUGGCGCGACGUCCGCGAAUCGUCUCUCGGAGCUCGUCGACGAAUAGAACUUUGAUGCUGACGAGCCACUAAACAGAUUUUAUCGUUUCUUGUAUCCGAGCGUAUACGUUCCACUCGAAUUAUUCGCGAGCCUAACCAAAAGCGUUUGCGUGUCGCGCGUUGUGCGACGCGACGGACCAUUCAGACGCAAAGAGUGUUUCCUAAAGCGCAACCAAAAGCUCUUAAGCUCUUCAGCCAUGCAAGUCUACGAACCGUUCAUUCCUUGGAAGGGUAACUUUUACCAUUAUCCUUUCGUGUGGAUAUACUUAUCUAGAGUAACCAUUCUCGGACCGUAGAGCCACGCGUUUAAUAGCUGUACCCUCCUAUCGCGCAAAGAACUGAUUAAUUAUAACGAAAUUGCGUCGUCGUAGAAUCGUUUGCUACGUUGUGCAACCAUAUAGAAUCAAUUCUUUAUUAUUCGAUGAUCGUUGAACGUAGAAACGUAGAAAACGUUGGUUGUGGAUAAACGAACGCGUUUGUGGAUAACUUCUUUUUUGUUUGUUUCUUCUUCUUCUUUUUUUUUUUUGUCUGUUAAGUUCGUACUUAGGCGCUGUCCACAACGCCAAGUUCGAUACUUUGAGUUAUUUCUUUUACAAGUGACGUAUAUUAUCGAAUAUUUAAUUAUUUAACUAAGGUACGGGG